AUGGACACCAACGCCAGUGCCGGCGCAACCCCCGAACCGGAUGCGGAUUCGCGUCGCCGUUCCGGACGCGUCGUCAAGGUUCCGGCCAAGUACGCGCCGGAGCCCACCAACGCCGCCGCGCCGAAGCGCAAGAGGGGCGAACAGGAUGGAGAGGAAGUUGAUGAUGAGGACAUGGACGAAGACGAGGACGUGAGCGACGAGGACGAUGCCAGCGACGAGGAGCACCCCGCUCCCAGGUCACGAAAGGCAGGCGGACGCGGCAAGAAGCCCUCGAGCAAGAAGCCCAAGAUCAAUGGAGCCCAGCCGCCGGCUCUGGCUCAGGUUUCUCGAAUACCUAGCAGGCCCAAGAAGACUGUCCGAAUUGAAGCUGGAGAGACGGGAACAGGCCUCUUUGCUGAUGUCUUUGGCUCUGGGGACGCUCCCGAUCGCAUCGCAAAACAAUGGCUAGAAAAAUACAGACAAGAUGACGCGUCGGAACUGGCUGAUCUCAUCAACUGUAUUCUUCAAUGUGCCGGAUGCGAUCUGGAAGUUACGACUGAUGAUAUACGCGACCCGGAGAACAUCCCCAACAGGCUGGUUGAUCUACAGAAUGUUUAUCAAGAGCAACAAAUUACCGACUACCCGUUAAUAUCAAGGGCAAAGAGCACAAAGUCAUUCCGCGACAUGUUGGUGGGCUUCUUUCACUCCUUGAUUGGCCUGCUCCACGAGACGGACGUGCUUUACAAAGACACGGACCUGACCGAUAACUUGCACGCAUGGUUGGCGAGCAUGUCUUCGUCGUCUCUGCGACCUUUCCGUCACACAGCAACCACCAUCUCCCUAGCCGUUCAGACAGGUCUGGUCCUCGUAGCCAGCGUACUCGACCGGAGAAUAGCAAACAUCGACCAGCAACUCGCCGCUGCCAAGAGGGCUAGGAACAAGACCAAGGCUUCGGAAGUGCAACGCAGCUUGAACGAGGCAAACGGCUAUCGCAAGACUUGCAGCGACGGUAUUCAGUCAUUCUUUGACACGGUAUUUGUUCACCGAUAUCGCGACGUGGACCCCAAGAUUCGAGCAGAAUGUGUUGACGCAUUGGGCGCGUGGAUUUGGCAUCUUCCUACUGUGUUCAUGGAACCGGGUUAUCUUCGCUACCUCGGCUGGAUGCUUUCAGACACGAAUGCCACAACUCGCCAGGAGGUGCUUAAACAGCUUCUCAAGGUGUUCCGGCGUGACGCUCAGCAGUUGGGACACUUCAUCGAUAGAUUUCGACCGCGCCUGAUUGAAAUGGCAACCCUCGACUCUGAAGUUUCUGUGCGGGUAACGGCGAUCUCCGUCAUCGACACCCUACGGUCUGCUGCGCUCUUGGAGCCAACCGAGAUCGACGCCAUUGCCAAGCUCAUCUUUGACACUGAAAUACGAAUUCGCAAGGCCGCUGUCAAUUUCUUCGUUGCCUGUAUCGACGAUGUGUAUCAAGGCAAGCUGGAAGAGAUUGGCGGUGCUGAUGUUUUGGAGGAGUUGGACGAUGUGGAGGAAGAUGACUACGAAUCUCCACGAAAGGAGUGGAUCAACAUCAAAUGCCUGGCGGAGAUGUUGGCGAUUUACGACGCUCAAAUUGAGGAAUCACACCAAAACGGCGUUUCAUCUAGCUUGGAUGCUGCCACAGAGCUGCUGGAUGGCUCAAACCCAGACACUAGGAUCUCCCUUGCAGCUCAGGUGUUGUACGACAAAGUCCCCGAGGUCACCAGAUGGGAAAUGAUUUCGGGCUAUCUGCUCUUUGAUCACACGACAAGCGCCAAAUCCAAGUCGAGAUCAAAGUCCAAGGCCACUUCUCCGGAGGCGGCCUUUAAAAAGGCUGUUGCGCCCAACUCGGAGGAGGAGUCUAUUCUUCUUGAUGUCUUGAGUUCAGCAGUCAAGUCUAGUCUCACCCUCACCAGCGACCACGACAAGGGCAGGAGAAAAUUGGGCCGAUCAGAGGCGGCUGAAGCUCAGGAGGAGGUCGCGCUCGAACUGACCACUGUUAUCCCCAAGCUGCUAAACAAGUUUGGCGCAGAGCCUGAGACGGCAGCAAUUGUGUUGCGACUCGAGCGAUUCUUGAGCCUCGACACUUUCCAACAGCUGCGCCAGGAUUCUAGCAAGUACGAAAGGUUGCUUGAUGAAAUUAGCACCCAAUUCAACAGACACGAUGAUAAGAGAGUCUUGUCUGAGGCCACCGCAGCUCUCAUACAUGCUCGCCAGUACGAGGAGCUUGAGGAGCUGACAGACAGCAAGCUGUCCCCGCUAUGGGACAAUGCGAUCGAUGCCCUCCGCAACUUUGACAAGUCUUGCGAGCUGUCGGUCCGUGGCAAUCUAUCCGUCGAACCGCUGCGCGACCUGUCUACCAUCUUGCUGAAGAUCAGCAGGCUUGCGAGCAUAUCUGACUGCGUCGACGCCCUUGAAGCAAGGUCCAACUCCAAGGACUCCUCUACCUCACCGGCCAUCGAUAUUUUGAGCAACGUUGUCCACCGCGGCAAAUACGAGCCACAGGAGGACGAGAUUGACGACUUGGAGGACGAAGUGGUCACGUUUGCCAUCAAGGCAUGUCAAUUCUACUUCAUGUGGAAGAAAAGAAAUAUCGCCAACCUCCUGGCGGCUGGCACAAGUAUUUCCGACGCCGCCCUGGACACACUCUCUGUCCUGCGGCAAUCCUACCGAAGACACCUCAUCGAAACCUUCUCAUCCCGCGCCGCCAUCGACCAACUCCGCCUCUUUUCCACCGGCAGUCUCUGCGACCUCCAUCUCACAUUCGCCACCCUCCGUCCCGCCAUCAAGAACUUCCACCCCUCAUCUGCGGCAGCAGCUGGUCGAGGCGAGAAGCUCAAGGUUCUCCUCCAAGAAAUCGAGCCCGGCCUCGUUCCCGAACUCAUCUCCAUCUUUGACGGCGCAGAGCGGCAAUAUGCUAAAAAGUCCAAAAAGGACAAGUUACUCAACGACCCCGCUGAGGAUGAAGAUCCCAUGGCCGACGACGAGGAGCUCGAUGACGACGACGAAGACGAGGACCUUCCCAAAGAGGAACGCUACAUUGCCGAGCUCAGGACGGAAAGAGACUUCUGUGAACUCACAGGCAAAUACGUCCUCGCCCUAACCGCCGGCGUCAUCGACGAUCGCGGCUCGCAAGCCGCCAAGCUCCGCCGCAGGAUCCUCCGCAACGAAACAAAGCUCGGCCACAACUUCAAAGAAAUCGUGGCCCAUCUGGACGAAGAAAAGAUGUCCAGAAGGCACAAGAAGGCCACCAAGCAGCCUGCCAAGUCGGACAAACAGGCCCUCAGCCUGGAAGUUGCAGAUGACGAUGAUGACCACCACGUCUUCGAUGACGUCGAGCCGGAGGAGGGCUCUCGGGAGGACCUACGGAGGAGAGAGCUACUGGAGGAUGAACCCAUCGGCGAGGGGGAGGAUGAACAGGGCGGAAAUGACGAUGCGAAUGACCACGUUUUAGGCGAUUAA